AUGCACUUGAUCCAGUUGCAGAAUAUAACAUGAAACACAAACGCCGUGGACUGGCUUUAAUCUUCAACCAUGAAUGGUACCACUAUGAAUUUAGAAUGCCUAUGAGAAAAGGUACUGAAGCUGAUCGAUUUAACCUUGAGAGAAGGUUAAAUCAGCUUGGCUUUGAGGUUAAGGUCUACUUCAACCUGCCAGCAGCCGAUAUACAUAAAAAAAUCCAAGAUGCUGCAACAAGUGACCACAGUGACCAUGACUGCUUCCUUUGUGUCUUUAUGAGCCAUGGAGAAGAUGGUCAUGUUUUUGCCUACGACGGUAAAAUCGAAAUUAAGGAACUGACUAGCCCAUUUAAGGGUGACAAGUGCAAGAGUUUAGCAGGGAAGCCUAAAAUGUUCAUAUUUCAGGCAUGUCGGGGCCUUGAGCAUGAUGAGCCAGUCUUAGUUACAGACUGUACUGACAGUGCUGAGGACCAGCCUGAGGAGAAUAGAGUUGAAGUAGAUGCAGCCACUUUGUAUACUCUGCCUGCCGGUGCUGAUUUUAUCAUGUGCUAUUCUGUUGCAGAAGGCUACUACUCUCAUCGUGAAACCGUAAAUGGGUCUUGGUACAUUCAGGAUCUGUGUGACGCAUUAGGGACGUAUGGCGAUAAGCUGGAAUUUACAGAACUGCUUACACUGGUGAACAGAAAAGUGUCCCUGCGAUCUGUUGAAUUCUGCGCUGACCCUAACGCAAUUGGGAAAAAACAAGUUCCUUGCUUUGCUUCCAUGUUAACCAAAAAGCUCUAUUUAAGAUCCAAACAAAACUGACA